UGAAGACGAAAACUAAUGUGAUUACGGCUGAAUUUGGGCACUGCCAGCGUGCUCCCGUGGUCAGCGGGUGCUAGCAGUAACAGCUGCUGCGCUUCCCAUUAGAGGAGAAAGUAAAGACCUUCCCUGACGGGAUGCAUUGCUGGCAGGCUGGGGACGCGGCGGCAGCAGGCAGCAGGGAGGUAAGUGUGGGGCCAGCGCUGACAUGGGCCCAAACCCACACCCACUCCCAAAUGUGGGGGGCUGCAGCCCUGGGGGUGACGUUCCCACUGCCUUUGAGUGCGUGGGGAAGGGCGCGGGAGGCAGCGUGGGCAGGAUGGGAAGGGGGAAACUGUAGCCUGGGAACCUCAGGAGGAGCAAAGCUGCUCAGAGGUACUUGUGCGAGCUGCCACGAGAAACCUCAGCCGGCAAAGAUUUGGAUGUCUCUGCAGCUGGCUCCAACAGCACGAAGGCAUCCCACCACUAGAGCAGGGGCAGGGGGUCUGGCCAAGGCUCCUCUGAACUCCAGAACAUCUCUGGCACGCAGCUGAUGGGAGCGUGAAGGUGCCCUGCUGCAGAAGGUUGAACUGCAUCCUUCUGCUCCUGGCUCCAGGCUGGGCACGAGCUGUUUCGUGUGAGAGGUUUUAAUCAGCUGGCAAAUUUGAAAGCGAUGUAAACGGAGGUGUACACUGGAGCUCCUCAGUCUCUGAUUCUCUUUCAUGUCUUUACAUCUAUUUAUUGACUGAACAUAACAAAAUCUAAGCCAGGAAAAGCUGCACGUUGAAAAGCUUAGAAAGAGCUACAUUAAAAGCAGGACAGUACCCAAUAAAUACAGUGUGCUCACUCUUCAUCAUCAUUUUCAAUAGGGCCUGGAAAACUGGAAUAAGAAAAUAAUACCCUGUCUAAUCUGGAGAUGCGCGUUUUGCUAGCCACCCAGUCUGGGUGAUAACCAACAGCACAGAGCGCCAAGCAUAGAACUUGUGGAGUUCAGCAAGAGUAGAAGGAGCUGAGCUGAGUCACUAGCAUGCUCACACAGAGCCUUAUCCUCCCGCUAAACAUGAAUUUCUGGAGCAAGUCUCUCCCAGCCAUUCACCCUUUGGAUGGCUUCACUAGAAACGUGUCGUCUGGCAGGGUCUUUUCCUUCCCAACCUCAACAAUUAACUUCCAAAUGUGGAAUUCUGGGGAUUCCCAAAGAGGAUCCACAUGCCAGAGGGAUCAUUUAUUCCUCUUCUUUUAGAGGCUGUGGGAAAGGCCACUCGGCUAUCUGGAAGGUGACGGACACCGUUCUGGAGUGGGUGCUCCGGCCACGUCCCCACGCAGCAUGGAGGAGAGGCAGAAGGCCUGCCUGGCGGUGGCUGCCUGUGCGUGCACCGUGCUCUGCAUGGUCUCUUCCACAUCCGCCUUCUCGCACGGCGCCAGCCCCUCUGCCUGUGCUGACAUGAUGCCCAGGCACCUGCGGGCUCAGCUGCACAGCCCCACGAACAACUACGUUACCAUCCACACCAACGUGUCCUUCUACGUCCCCGGAGACAAGGUCCCAGUGACAGUGAGGAGCAGUCGGGAUUUCAUGGGCUUUUUGCUUCAAGCUCGCAAAGUGUCUAAUGAUGAAACGGCUGGCACAUUUGUCUUCAUUCCUCCUGGCUCCAAGCUGCUGUCUUGCUUUGAAGAUGGUGACACUGUCACCCACUCGGACAAGUCCCUGAAGAGAAACCUGUCCUUUGUAUGGAAAGCGCCGGACCAACCCAUUGGAGACAUCAGAUUUUUCAUCUCUGUAGUCCAGUCAUACUUUGUUUACUGGGCAAGGAUCGAAUCGGCCACCGUGGCUCAGCGAGGGCACAACGACACAUCUGCUGGAGGCAGCAGGAAGGCUGGCCCUGCAGCACCUGCACCCACGCAGGAACCUGCUGGCCCCCACGUAGCUGGCACAGCAAGCAAAGCUGCUGGCGAGAUCAGUGAUGGCCAUGAAGAACUCCCUGAUGAGAAGGCACAAAUGGGCAUCCUAGGCUCUGGCUCUUCCGCUGCCAUUCCCAGCUCUCUCCAGUACCCCAGCCCAGCUCUGGUCAGCCCGACCAGCAUCACGCCAACACCAGCACAGGGUUCAGGCACUGGUGUCCACUCAGAUAUGCAGCCCACCGCAGAGCCAACGCAGUUGUCCCAAGCAUUGUGGGGUGCCUCCAGCAGGAGUGGAGGGAGCAGCCCCACGAGCAGCUCAAGGCUGGAGCCAUCGCUUGCCUUCCAAGAGCCAGGCAUGGCCGAUGCUCUGCAAAGCUUCCUCUUCCAGGACUACGCCUCCAGGCAGAGCCUCUCUGACAGAGCACAAAGUAGUGCCAGCACUACCAACCCACACCUGUGUGUGACGUGUAAAGAAGAUGAGCAGGCAAGUACUGAGAAUGGGGCCGCCCUGGAAACUUCCCUGCCUGCAGCAGCCUCUUGGUCUGCCCUACACGCACGCGCUCACCUGAGUGAAGCUGCUGUGACAACAGCCUGGUUCGGCAAUGGGGACACCGUCAGCAAUUUAUCAUUGGCCUGGAGGCAAAUGGCAGAAAGCGAACCACCCCUGCGGCCAGAGGAGGGUGAGGAGGAGGAGGAGGAGGUCAGCGAGGACGUGGGUGGGCACACGCUGCCAUGGGUGACCAGAGCAGGUCCCAAACCCGCUGUCCCAGGGAGGGGGGACGACUCUCGCAGAGGGACACGUCUGAUAGCAGCCCAACUUGGCAUCCUCCUUGUCUGCACGGCGGUGCUGGGGCUGGCUGCGGCGGCCGGCCUGCGCUACAUCUGUGCCCGGUACUGCCACAAGAGGACAGAAGUGUCCUUCAGCCAGCCAGGCAACAACGUCAUCGCUGUGAAGGAAAGCGGGGAGAUGAUGCACUUCCGCAAGAUCCGCGAGAACAGCUUCGUGCUGGUUCAGGCUGAGUACAACUGGAUCGGCCCGUCAAGCAGCGGGAAAAGGAGAAUAAUGUAAGCGUGGGCAGUGCCUACAAUAGUGCCACGUAGGUGAGCCAGCCACCCCUGUAGAUGCAGAUGGCUGAGAUACAUGUAACACAGACUCUAGAAAGCAGCCUUGCUUGUCCUUGCUGCCUAUAGGCAGACAUACUGGUGUACAAACUCGAUGCAGCUGGCUCAGCUAGAUGUGUGAGUCAAAGUAUCCAAGCUACGGCUGCUAAGAGAACUAAAGGAACUACUGUUCUGUGUAUUACACGUACCACAAUUAACAUUGUACAUCUGCUCAUUAACUGUCACUGCAACCAUUACUCUGUUGCUUUAAGGCGGUAGCAAAAACCUCUGAAAUUCUUCCUCUGCACUGUACUGCUGUCUCCUGUUUUAUCUCUGCAAAAGCUUCUAGUGUUAAAUUCCCCUUUUCUUUCUAGGAACUAGAAACGCUUGGUUAAAACCACCAUUCUCAUUUAGAAGCUUACAGGUUCAGGUCUGUGCACUUGCUAUGUUUCAGAUGACAAAAUGCUCGCCAGUAGAUUCCAAGUUUCAAUGGGAAAAUAAAAAGCAGUAACUGACUAGUACAGAACAUGGAUCCACAGAAUGCUGAAUUGAUCUAAGGGAAAGAAACACACGGUGGUAGAAACCAGUUUUUCGGGAAGAAACAUGCCUCCUCAUCAGGUGCAAAUGGAAUAAAACCUUACCUAUCCAUUUGCACCUGAUGAAGAAGCUUGUUUAAGCCUGACAGCCAACAUUUACUUUGUCUUUUACUUUGAGUCAGGCCAGUUAACACUCAGUGCGGAAACACAAACUGAGAAAUACCCUUCCCAGGUCACUUUGGAGGUCCCCAGCAAAGGCUGCCUGGUAAGUUAACAGCAUCCUUGCGCUCUGAGCUUGUGCAAACUCUCCUCCAACUGCACGGUUUUCAGCAGGAGGCCACAAAAACAGCCCUUGGAAAACAUGAAGAACCUUGAUGCAUUCUAAGAAGGGAAGGUGAUGAAAGCAAGGGCAAAGGUUUGUUUUAAUGAAGCCUUGAAAGAGCAAGAAAUAGUUCUGACGAUGGUCCUCCUGAGAUGUAAACUUAAGAGCCUUUCAGAAAGCAGUGAUUCCCCUCUCUGCCAUCCUUUCCUAUGGUGAAGGGGCUCAUGUUGUCUUCUGAGCAGCUGAAUGCAGAACAGACUUAAACUCUGGUGCUGCAACUUAUUUCACAGACCACAAUACUCCCAUCUCACCAAGCAAAGCACACACCUGCACAUGGAACAGGAUCCCACUUCCUUCCUGCUGAUGGAGACAUCAGGCAACUCCCUGCUCUGGCAGCAGGGCUCAGCAAUUAUCUCCAGCUAGCUGGCCGUCUCCAUGCUUCAUAAUGAGAUAAAGCCACGCUCUCACCUCCUCCCUUACACUGCCAUGACUUCAGUGGAUACACGAGAUGCUAUUCUCCUGUUCAGCUUCCUGCAGUGUGAGUAACAUAGCAUGUCUUUUGCUAAAAGAGUCUUCCACACUCAGAGUUUAUUUCUGGCCACGCUACUGUACAGCGACUGGUGACAUGAAACCUUGCAAUCCACACAGCCAAUUUUCUGUCAAGUGAUAAUAAAAUAAACAAGUAAAAAAAAUAAGUGUACUCACAAAUGCAGACUGCAGAAAUGAGGCAGUUUUAACCACUGCACUUGCUGAGAAGAGCAGCUGCACCAGGGCCCUUCCACUGCAGGGUGGCCAGGGUUAGGGGUGCUGUAACUGAAAAUUUGCUUCAGGACUCGAGGGAUUUAAGGUUUUCCUAGUCAGUAAGUUGAGCUGAAACAUUACCUACUAGGACAUCUAUAGGUUUUUAAGCACAAGUCUAGAUGCACACAAAAGAGUUCCCCUCUUACAUCCUUUAUAGAAAGAAAGAAUGUUUCUCUAACUCAGUGUAGGUGAACCUUCUAGUGACUAAAGCAGACUGCAUUUAAUCCAUUGUUAAUGCAGCCCCAAAAUUCCUAAUUAACUGAGAAAAUAGGUCAACAAACUCUUAAAUAUUUAAGGAACUAUCACAUAUUAUUUCAAAAAACUUCUCGUGAUGGCAUGGUUGUUUAUGAAUAAAUUACAAAUACCUAUGUCCUUUUCCACCCUCUCUCCAGAUUUAAUCUUAUCAGACUGGUACAGCUUGAAAAUGCCCCUUUCCUCUCCCCAGCACUUUCCCCAUUGCCCAGUACUGUUCUUGCCAAGCUGGCUGCAGAAAACAAAGGCUCUGGUCUGAAAGAUGAUGUCUGAUUAGGAAAGUAGCACUUCAGUGGUACUCUUGCCUUCUGCCAAACUCUACCUUCUGUUAAAUUCAUGCAGCUCUGGUAUUAUUAGUAGUAAAAACAGUAAUGGUGAGCUCCAAGGGACGUUCUCCUCUGAAUUAGUAAUGAAUGCUGCUACUUUGUGGACUUGGCUGAGACUGAAAGUGCUUGUGUUUUUCUCUUGCCUUCUGCAUGAUGCUUCAUUUAUUGUAGUUGCCAUGACAAGAAGGAUUUUCUCUCUUCUUAAUGCUGUUAAAAACCCAAGCACUGAUUAAUUCAUUAAAAGGCAAAUCAUUCAAAUGCCCCGUUCUUAAGUGACCUGCCUUUUACUGAAAUUAAUCUGUGCUCGUGUUUGUAGCAGAUUUAGAAGAAAAAAUGUCAGAGCACAAAAAGGGAAGACACAAACCAUUCUGAUAGAAAUUAGAGUGAGAAGUGAAAGAACUUCCCUUUCUGGGUGGAUGACUGUGUUGGUCACAAAUGUAGACAGUGGGGGAUCUUAGUUCCUUCAUGCAGGUCAGCCUGAAGCAGUCUGCACCCAUGUGAGGCUGCCAUCCCUCAGCCAAGUGCUUGGUGCCUGAACUGCUGGCAGAAGGUACCGAAAGGGGCUCCCACCUAUCCCUAAUUCACACCCAUCUACGUCUGUCUCCCACCAAUCCACCAGGCAUCAGGUACAGCUUCGGCAGCACAAACUCCUAUGGCUGCAAUUCUUUGGUGACACUAUGAUGCUUGAGCUGUCCUAACUUA